GUCACUUCCAGCUUGUAAUAGGAAGGAGAGGAGGUGCAUUUUCUGUCUCUGAUAUCCGGUGGUACCGGUAACUGUUGCAGGUGACCACUCCAGGUAUAUCUGGUUCUGAUUAAGAACGUCCAAAUCGAUAACUUUGGUGAAAACCAGAAACCAAUCCAUCGGCUUUAACAACGCCCCGAACAAUAUAGAUCGAGAGGAAGAAGAGAAAAGUCGCAUUGUUUUUGUUUUUGAACGAAAGAUUGCCUGCCGCCGGGAUAAAGGAUUUACAUACACCGUUACUUUAUCAUAUCUCAUUGAAUGAAACUUGAGAUGUUAUUCCGCCUUUGAAAGUCGCUCCGAACCGUUGAAAAGAUCUUAUUAAGAUACCAUACUGUCUUUCUCUCUCCUAACAUGUACAGAACUCCUUAACGAUCCGCCGGACACCUUGAUUGACAAUUUCACCCUAGACACGGACACUUUUCACGCCCGAUUUUCCCUGACGUUCGCCUGUUCCUACUGACACUUGUAAUUUGCGUGAUUCUCUUCAGUUGUUGUGCAAUGUCAUUCGAAGAAUAACUUAAUUAACGUUUCGCCUUUUUCUGCUCGUUCACUACAAACAAUUCGAUUUUGCGCAUCAUCAUGAUGAACUAUUCUUAUCUGAACUCAUCGUUUUCCGAUAUGACAUAUAACUUCACUGUCCCAAUGUCCAGUCAUAACGACACUUCAAAAUCAGCGAUGGGAGUAGUAACAGGAAUUAACGCAGUGCCGGAACUGCAAGCGUUUCAAAAAUCGUACCAACCAAUUCACGGUUAUUUGGCACCAAUUAUUUGUGUCUUUGGAGUGGUAGCAAAUAUUCUAAAUAUCGUGGUGUUGACCAGGAAAAAUAUGCAAACUUCUACUAAUGUAAUUUUGACGGGUCUUGCCAUUUCCGAUGGUUUAACAAUGGCGGCCUAUAUCCCUUAUGCUUUACUGUUGUACGUUAUUCACGGGACUAGAAUUACACCCAUAAGAGACUCAUACCAGGUGGCUCACUUCCAGAUGGGGUAUGCAUUGUUUAGUGUUGUCGUUCAUUCUAUUUCAAUUUGGCUAACGGUAACUUUGGCUUUGUUUCGAUAUAUUUUCAUCCGGCAUCCACGUCUUGGGGCCCAUUACUGUAACAUGCACAAGGCCAAGAUAGCCGUAAUUGCAGUGGUCAUCGUGGUGACUUUAGUGUGUGUUCCAUACUCUGUUAACCUUUCGAUAAGUUCCUCGUCGUUUACCGACCCUGAUGGUUUGAUACCAAAUGGAACAACUUUCCACAUUAAUAUGAAAAGAACCCACGACUAUGAGAAAGUUUUAUACAGUGUGAAUUUCUGGAUACAAGCAAUUCUUAUCAAACUCCUACCUAGUUUCUUACUGACCAUCUUCAGCAUCCUUUUAGUCAACACAAUGAGACGCGCCGAGAGGCGCAGAAAGAGGUUGCUGAAUAACGUCCCGAUGUCGGAAGAAAACGGCGCGACCAGCACAAGUAGCACGACUGUGUCGUCUCGAAAGCAGAAAAAGAGUCGAAGCAACCGAACGACUAAGAUGCUUUUAGCAGUGGUUAUAUUGUUCUUACUAACUGAAACUCCCCAGGGGGUUCUAAGUGUAAUGGGGGGUCUGGACGGAAGCUUUUUCGAGUAUAUUUAUAUGCCUUUGGGAGACCUGCUGGAUAUCAUCACACUGAUAAACAAUGGAAUAAAUUUUGUUUUAUACUGCACGAUGAGCAAGCAGUUCAGAGACACAUUCUUAAAAUUGUUCCUGAAAAACGUUCUCCAUCAGGAGUAUCGACGAACAAAGAACACUUAUACCACGGCCCAAGCUACUGUUGCUACUAACGAUUCGGACGUAUAGAGUUAAUAAGCGAUGACUUGUAUGAAACAAAACGGUGAGUCCAUAUAUUGUCACACUGGCAUGGCGAAGGGAAACAAUGUACAAUUAUAUUUUUGUUCAUUGUACAUAAAGCUUUUGUUGUGUUAAUAGAAUUUUCAAAAUGCUCAAAUAUCAUGACAUGUUGUGUUUGUCAUGCAUAUUUGCAUGACACGUGAGUAAAUGUAUAUAGUUUUUAAAGUGAAUGAGUUUCAUUAUAUGUUCAAAAUAAGUGUAAGAUUUUUCUACAUUAAUGAAUUGCUAAAGGAAUAAUUGCUGAUAAAUUAUUUGCUUUACUUAUAAUUACCACUCUCGAUGGGAGAUGUUUUUCUCUAAAAUGUUAAAUUAUUAUUAUUUUGUAGAAUCAGUUCUAGAAACUUAAUAUUUUGUUUCAAAGAGGAACGCAGUUAAUUAAAAUCUAUAAGAGCCUUCCACAGCCCAGACCAAAAAAAUCCGAUCUUUGUUCUUUUUAAUACAUUUUGUCAAAAGUUGCUUCUUUAAUUAAGAUCAAAUGUGCUCUGAUAUUUCAAUUUCCCGUAACCCAAAUUUUUGUCACAGGCCCCUGGUGUAAUUAAUUUUGUCAAGACUUGAUUGAAAAGAUUUUAAUUUUUUUUUUCUCGAUCCGCAAUCAUCUGUUAUGUGUUUUAGAUCUUUUCCCCGUAUGUGAGAAUAUUUUGUUCUUCUGAUUAAACGGGGAACAAUCUUGAGUCACGCUAAUACAUGUCUGGGUUGUUAUUUUUUGUUUCUCAAGUUUUAACUCUUUUUUUUUUCUAGAAUGAAUGUGUUUACUAUAGAUUAAGUAUAAUUGUAUAUUUUGACAGAGAAUGUGACAUAAAUUAAAUGCAUCUAUAUUGCAAUCAUUUCAUUGUAUAGACUAAGUAUCGUACAUACUUA